AUGCACGUGCUCAAGGACUGCGCGGCGCAGGGCCUCGUCGUCGCGCCGCAGCUCGCCGCCGAGGCGGUGCGGCUGCUGCUGGCCAACCCGGAGACGGCCGCCGGACAGGCCGAGCUGCGCGCGUCGUGCGUGCGCUUCCUGAUGGACAAGACGGCGCCCGGCCUGGCCGCCACGAGGAUGAGGAUCGCCUUCCGCCGGAAGUACCGGACGCCGGGGGCGACCGCCGCGGAGCAGGCGCGCAACACCGAGUCCCGCAUGGCGCCCAUCCUGGCCGAGGUGCUGAGCGUCGCGGGGGAGGGCGCCCCGACGGGCGGCGCGGACGACCUGGCCCCGCCGUUCCUGGCGCCGCCGCGGGGCGCCCGCAAGGCGGACCGCGAGGACUACAAGCAGCGCCUGUACGGCAGCGUGGUGGCCGCCGCCGUGCUCCGCUCCGGCCUCGGCAGCCCGGCCGACCCCGCCGUCAUGAAGGAGGCCAGCGCCGCCAUGCAGAGCGUGUACCCGGCCAAGGACCUGCCGCACCUGCUGCGCCUGGCCCCCGAGGCGCGGCGCGCCCAGCUGCUCGAGGUGUGCCGCAUCUCGGCCGGCAUCCGCAUCUUCAACUGGGACUGCCGCAAGGCGGGCCACGGGCUGCUGGACCUGCCUGGCUUGGUCCAGGAGGCCGCGGCCGUGACGCUCGAGCAGCUGCGGAGCGCGGUGGACGCCGUGGAGGCCCAGCUGUGGCCGGCGACCAGGGCCUUGGAGGUCCUAUACCAGGGCAAAGGGGAGGCCAACUGGCCCGAGUCCGACGUGGACCUCCUCAAGGACACCGUCGUGUACCUCCGCCAGCAACAGGUGCUAUUCAGGCGGUUACUUGAAGACGUGGAGCAGGUAGGCGCGGAGGUGCGGCGCCUGACGGGGGCGCUGCAGGCGGGGCUGUCUGGCGUGCACACCGUGGUGCAGGCCAAGACGGCCGUGCCCACCAACGAGGUCUACCCGCAGUUCGUGUCGCUGGCGUCCACGUGGGAGGCCCUGGAGGCCCAGGCCGUGGUCGUCAGCAAGGCCGCCAACCUCCACCGGCGUCUCCAGGCGUACACACGGGGCGUGCGGACGGUCGAGGCCGCCGUCAUCGACGGCAUCCUGGAGGGAGACGCUGUUGGCCCUCCCCCGACGGACGGCGAGCGCGUGUCCUCGGCGCUGCCGCCCCCGCCGUCUCACUCCGACAAGCAGCUGGAGGCGGCGCGGCGACGGCUCGCCAGGGACAUGGGCCGCGGCGACGUGGCUGCCGAACUGCAGGGGUUUUGCCCGUGGUUCCUGGCCGUGUCGGGCGGGGGUCUGGUGCCAGGCUGCCCCGCGCUGGGGCUGUGCGAGGCCGCGGGGGGCGUGGGCACGCGGCUGUACGCGCUGUCCUCGUUGGACGCCGCGGACCUGUUCUGCACCGACCCCAACUCGUGGACGCAGCGUGCCCUGGCCGAGGUCCGGCGUCGGCCUGCACUGGUGGGCCUGCUGGAGCUGAGCGCCGCGCUGCAGCCCGCCGCCCCGCCGAACGACACCGCGUGCGCCUCCACGCAGACCGAGGAGAGCGCCUACCGCCGCGAGUCGGUGGCGCAGACGUUCCCGCUCCGCGACGCGGCCGUGCAGUGCCCCAGGACGGUGGCGUGCAGCGCGGGGCCCUUCCUGGCCGCGGGCAUUGUUGAUGUAGAAAGUCUCUUCAAACUUAAUUCUGAAACCUGUUACUUCAGCGUGAUGUUCUUCGAGUGCUAA